UCGCAAAAGAAACCGCCACCAGUUUGAAACCUUGAGGUGUAGGCAAGGGAUUGGUAUAUAAAGGACAGCUCACCACGUCUCAAAUCAUCAGUUCUUCUUCUGAAGCAUUCGAAUCAUCUUCUUCCAGCAACAUGAGCAAGCAUUACAUCAUUUUGGCUGCCUUGAUCGCGGUGGCGUUGGCUAAGCCACAAGGCUAUGGCGCAGGAGCGGGACUUCAGCAACAGGGAUACGGUGGCAAAGCUAAUCAACAGCAACAGGGCUACGGAGCUCAGUCAAGCGCUGCUCAACAAGGCUAUGGUUCUCAGGUGUCAGCAGGAGCUGGAAAGAAUUAUGGAACACAGUCAGGUGUUGCCCAACAGCAACAAGGUUUUGGUGUCCAGGCUACAGCAAGCGCUGGAGCUGGACAAGGAUACGGAGCUCAAUCUGCUGCCGCUCAGCCCCAACAAAGCUACGGAUCCCAGGCUUCAUUUGGUGCAGCAGCUGGACAGGGUUAUGGCGCACAAAAUGGAGCUUCUCAACAGCAACAAGGUUAUGGUUCAUCCAACGGCCAACAGAAACCAACCAACACUUAUAACAGCAAUGGCAACGCUAAGCCUUCAGCCUCCGCUUCAUCUUACGAACAGGAGCAACCCCCGAUGCCAUAUGAAUAUGCCUGGGAGGUAAAAGAUGAGCCAACCAAGAACGACUACGCCCAUGAAACUAAGAGCGAUGGCAAAGUUGUGACUGGAUCUUACCGCGUUGCUUUGCCUGAUGGCCGCACUCAAAUUGUUUCUUACCGCGCUGAUGAGAACGGCUACGUCGCUGAUGUCAAGUACGAAGGUGAGGCUCAGUUCCCCGCACCAUCGAACGGUAACGGAAACUAUGGGAAUAGCAAUGGCUUUGGAAACGGAGGCAACAAUUAUGGAAAUGGCAACGGCAACAACAACUACGGAAACGGCAAUACCAGGCCUAAUGGAAAUGGCAACAAGCCAAGCACUUCAUAUUAGAACUUAACAAGAACUCGAUUAUGUAUCGCCAUAAUGCUUAAUUUUGUGUACGAAUAACCGUGAAAUUCAAAUACAUUUAUAAUUUUCUUA